AUGGUAUCAAAUGAAAAAAUUAAAAAUAGUACACUAAUAUUGAACUUGAGAAGAAUGACAAGAAGAUUAAUUUAAAUGCCAUAAUAUUAAAGGACCAUCCAAAUUUUAUAGAAAUUACAACUUUAAUAAGAUUAUAGAGUCUUAUUAAUAGCAAUAGGAAGAAACCUGUUUGAU